UGUCCAGGAAUAACUCUACUACCCACUCUCCAGCGCUAACCUGCCUCUUCUUCAACAGACGUCGCCCAAAAUCAUUUUUUGCUCCUGCGACUGUCCUCCCCCCUCACGCGCCAACCUAGCUACCCUCCGUCUCACACGUGCUGACGUUCCCGGCCGCGCGCCCAGCCACCGGGGGCUGCCUUAUAUCUUCCCGCACCGCUCCGCCCUUCGUCAUCGAAACACUGGUACAUUGGCGUCCUCCUUAGCAUGUGGAUCCCAUCUGCUUCAGAAUGGCCGUCCACAACGGGCCUGACCAAAAGAGGAAGCGAUAAGGAUCCCAGUUGGCGCGUAGUCGCUGUGGCCAGCAUCAUAGUCGUCUUGUUCCUUAUCAUCGCCGUCGGUAUUUACGCCAAACUCCGCUCCCUCCGUGCAAAGUCAGGCCGUCCCCCAAGGUUCUUGCCGGGUCAGUUUUUGAAGCGCAAAUGGGCCCAAUGGAGUCUACGGCCCGGCAAAGGGAAAUAUUCGUCUCAGCUUCAAGACAAUGAGGAUACCUCGUAUUCGUCACGCCCUUCGGCCGUAAAUGGCAGUGGAGCGCGAGAGAUGCAGGGCACAACGACGGAAACACCAGCAAGCGGCGCUCCCGUGAAUAGGAAUACGUCUAUCCGAAGCAUCAUGACUUUGCCCGCAUAUUCUCCUGCCGCUCGUGAAAAUGAGAGGAUCUUGGGGCGAGAAGGAGAGCGAGGCGGUAUCGACGUCGUCGUCGAGUUCCCGGAAACUGUCGAGGAAGAAGAGAUACGAAGGGACGAUGAGAUGGAAUCUUUGUAUCAAAUCCGGGUGGCGCGUAGACAAGAGCAAGCCGAGCGCGAGGAGCGACGCAGGCAGCGACGAGAAGCCAGAGAGCGGAACGAUCAGGCAGCCUUGGCACAGAUGCGGAGAGAAGGUCGCAUGCGGCAUCUAAAUGGAGGCGGAAACCAACUUUCCACUACCUUGAUUGCAGAACAUCAAGCGGCGACUCAACAACGCGAGCGCCGGGUACCAUCAGUUCAAUAUGCUGAGGUUGGUGUUGCACGGCACGACGGUACGCGGAUACGAGCCAACUCGGCAGAAUCUGACAAUCACCCUCUGCUUGAUUCGGCUGCUCCGCUAGGUGCGAGCCAAUCGACGGAUAGUCGAAUGACGCACCACAGAGACUUCUCGGCCACCUCCGUUCUUUCCAAUUCUACGACCGCCUCAGACACUGCUUGGCCCGGGGCCGGGCGUAAUGGUAGCACUGGGAGCGGUACCACUGGUGCCGAGGCCGUCCCGCUCACUCGAUCCCGAUCCCCGUCCGGUUCAAGGUUGACACUAGAGACAACCAGAGGUAGUGACCUCGGGGAAGCUAGGAUACCACCGCCAGAACCACCGCAAUACGACGCUCUUGGCUGGGAAGAAGCACCGCCAUACACGAGCCCCGUAGAUGUUCGGACAACGCCACGAUUACCGGAGGUGCAAAGACUGCCAAGUAUACAUAUCACUCAAUCUAUCACACCGGUCGACGAGAGGCCAUCGCAAAGAAUAGGAGAAGAGAGUCAGAACGAAGCAAGGAGUUAAUCAGCUUAUUCUGGAGUUUUGGGCGGCGUCACGGUUAUCGACUUGUGGAUAUGAGCGGCGUCUCAGCAUAUAGCGUGUUGUUUUCACGAUAUCAAUGACUGCUUUGGAGCGGCUAGCGUUGUGAGAAGUUUACGGUCUUUGGAAAUCGGCUCAACCCUUUUACUUUUAUAGCUGUUGAAUGUGGGUGAAUCAAUUGGGUGGAGCUUUCAGCUUUUCAUGCAUGAACAAGCUUCUGUUUGACUUUCCGUCCAUUCCUUGGUACAAAUAUCAAAUGGCGGAUAAUUUGCUCAGCUCCUCUGGAUAUUUUGCUAACCCACGUGAUAACACAUCUGUCAAAGUAUAUAAUUUACUGAGUAUUCGGAGGAUAUGGUAGACUUUAC